UGUUGGGACAAUGCCGCAAUAGCACUGAGCCAAAGAAACUACCAACUACUGAAGAGGAGCAAAUAUACCCUUGGGAUACCUGUGCAGCACUGCAUGAUGUGAGGCUUACAACUCUACAGCGAUACUUUAAAGAUAGUUCCUGCCUGCAAGCAGUGUCAAUAGGCUGGGAAGGAGGUGUUUAUGUACAAACUUGUGGUCAUACUUUACACAUAGAUUGUCACAAAUCUUACAUGGAAUCUUUACGGAAUGACCAGGUCCUCCAGGGUUUUUCAGUGGACAAAGGAGAAUUUACCUGUCCCCUCUGUAGGCAGUUUGCUAACAGUGUUCUUCCUUGUUAUCCUGGAAACAACAUGGAAAGAAGUCUUUGGCAAAGUCACAGUAACAAGUGUAUGCAAGAUCUUGUACAAGAGGUGGAAGAUCUUCAAGAACAGCUGGGAACUUUCCCAGUAAGCAUCAGUUCUGAAACUAAUCUCAGUAAAGAAAUGGAAUCUGUAAUGAAGGAUAUAAAAAGUACCACACAGAAAAAGUAUACAGAUUAUAGUAAAAGUCCUGGAUCACCUGACAAUGAUUUUCUGUUUAUGUAUUCAGUAGCCAGAACAAACUUGGAGCUUGAACUGGUCCAUCGAGGAGGCAAUUUAUGUUCAGGAGGUGCAAGCACAGCUGGGAAAAGAUCAUGUUUAAAUCAGCUGUUCCACGUGUUGGCCAUGCACAUGCGCCUCUACAGUAUAGACUCUGCAUACAAUCCCUGGAGAAAACUAACCCAGCCGAUGCAGGAUAAAAAUUCAGAGCAAUGUGAAUCUGUUUGUACAGAAACUUGGGCACUUGCUGCAGGUCUUAAGAAAGCCUCACUGGGAAACUGUGUGGUCCACAAUGUCUUACAGAACAACCAAAAGGAGAGCGAGGCUGUGCGUUUGAGGGUGGUUUUUAUGGACGGCCCAGUGAAGUGCCAUCAUGGCGUGGAGGUCUAUAGCAGCCCUGAGCCGAUAAGUGAAGAGCUACCAGAAGUUCCUGUGCUUUACAGAGAUGUCUCGUCCCUUUUGCUUAUCCAGAUUUUAACCAUGCCUCAACCAUUGCACAAAGAACACUUCACCUGCAUUAUAAAAGUGCUGUUCACUUUAUUGUAUACUCAAGCCUUGGCAGCACUUUCGGUUAAAUGCAGUGCUGAAGAUAGGAUGGCAUGGAAAGAGUCAGGAGCUCUCAAAAAGAAUGCAUCCAGUGGAGAAAGAUCUUGGGAAGUAUUGCUGGGUCAUGUGAUUAGUGAGCUUUCUAAGGGGAAGAUAUAUGAAGAAGAGGAGACUGAAGAAUUAACAGUGUUUAGCAAUUGCUUCUUUCCCCUAUAGGUGAAUGCUGAUUCUAUAGAGUGCUACCUGCAGCAGUUCUGCCUGCCCUUCCUCAGGAUCACAAGCCUUCUUCAACACCAUCUUUUUGGAGGGGAUUUACCUAGUUGCCAGGAAGAUGAAGAAUUCGCAGUUCUUGCAAGCUGCCUGGAUCUAUUACCAUCUUUUCAGUCGGCUCAUCAGUUCACCAGUGCCUCUUGUCUCGAUUGGCCAGUUCCAGCUUUUGACAUGAUAUCACAGUGGUGCUCAGAGUUGGUUUCAUUUGCAGAUAGACAUCCAGAUCAAGUAAAG